CAGUAAACUUUAAGGAGUUUCAUUCUAUACUUUACACAAACGAUCUAACUGGUUAACUGAUUGAAGUGAACUAAGUCGACAUUAUCGAUCCAGCAGGACAACGCUUUGGUUGGAGAGUUUGUUUUGUCACGUGACCUCCCAUUGCAUAAAUUAAUAUGGUUGAAUGAUGGGAUAGGAUUAUUUGAUAAAGCGCGUUACCAAAAUUGGCUUUAGCACCCCCGAUACUAGUAAGUGAAGAUCACGUUGAGAGAUAAAUAAAAACAGUUGGAGAUAUUGAUUUUUAUUUAUUAGUUGGAAAGUAAUGUCACAAAGUGAAAACAGUAUAGAUGAAAACAUGUCAGAUGGGGAUCAUGCAGUGUCGGAUGCGGAAUCGGAUAAUUUCAGCGGUCACGGGGACGAUAGUGAAUUACUAAUUAAAGCUGAUAAACUGGACCCGGCUGAUCGGGCACUUUAUGAGAAAUUAAAACAACAGGAACGCGAGGAAAGAGAGGAAAUAGAACUAGAGUUGCAGGCCCACGAAGAGGCCCUGGCUAGACACCAAGAAGAACUUAGAGUGAGAGAAAAGGAACUCAGAUUAGCUCAGGAACGAAUGCAACAGAGAAAUGGUAUACAAACAGACUGUAAUAUUAAACAAGCUAAUGACUUUCGUUCAAGUUUACGUUCCCAUGAACAUCCACACCCUCUCCUGGGUCAUUUAUCUCCCAGAGACUUAACAUCUGACAUACGCCCAUUACGAAUUGAUCUUCAAGCUAAUCACAGCCCGUACGCGGGGCAGACCUCCCCGGGUGACAGAUUUUCACGUUCAUCACAUCUUCAUCCUUUAAGCUUACUUCCUUCACCCGAUUCAGGCAGCGACGGCAGAAAUCAUCACUGGACUUUUGAGGAACAAUUUAAACAGCUCUAUGAACUUAGUGAGGACCCAAAGAGACGAGAAUUUCUCGAUGAUUUAUUUAGCUUUAUGCAGAAAAGGGGCACACCCGUCAACAGAAUACCAAUAAUGGCGAAACAGACAUUAGAUAUAUAUGAACUAUUCAGAUUAGUUGUAUCAAAAGGGGGCUUGGUAGAAGUCAUUAACAAGAAACUAUGGCGGGAAAUAACCAAAGGCUUAAACCUGCCCUCAUCCAUCACUAGUGCUGCCUUCACACUUAGAACACAGUAUAUGAAAUAUCUAUAUCCCUACGAAUGUGAGAAAUUGAAACUGAGUUCACCGAGUGAAUUACAAGCUGCCAUUGACGGAAAUAGACGAGAGGGACGACGAUCACAUUAUGGUUACGAAAUGUCCCACAGUCCAAACUUGGUACCACCUAGUCAUUUAAACGGAGGUCUUCUAAACGGCAAACAUCGUAUGGGAUCACCACCUAAUGAUGACAGUUUACCUUCAACUCCUCACAAUUUGUCUACAAGAGUUCUAACAGAACGCGAUGCUCUAGCUAUGGAAGCUGCUUCAAGGGCUGUUGAAGAAGCUUCUCGUAAAAUGGAAGCCGCCUCCAGGACGGCGAUAGAUGAACCAAGUCCUAGUAAACGUAUGUUAAGUGAAGAAGAAAGAAUGCUCCUUCAUGCAGGAUUUCCUAGUGCUCAUUUCAAAAUCACCUCAAGAAACGAUGGUCGCUCAGAAAUUGAUAGUUCGUUGGUCAUUACUAUGGAGAUUAACGGUAUUAUGUAUCAAGGUGUACUGUUUGCUCAACAUCAUCACCGACGAAGUUAAAAUGUGUAAAUAAUGUGUAUAAAACAAUAAGUGGUUUAAAGACAAUUGUAUCAUUGUAGUUCGUGAAAGCAUGGCAUAUACUUGUUGAACAUUUUGAGUGAACUCUUCUUAUCAUAUUAUAUAUAUUAUAUAUGUAUAAAUAAUGAACUAUUUGAAUUUGUCUCAUAGCAAUUCAUUGUUUUCAUUAUUCCAUAAAAAACACAAUUAUCUUAUUAUUAAAUAAUCUUUUAAGCUAU